UCUCUUGUUCUUCAAACUCAGGAAGUAAGUGCAGCUCAAACGGAGGCGUGAAGCUCCAGGGUUACUUCUCGGCUCUUUCCACCAGAACACAAAUUCAACAAAACGAGUCGAUGUAAACAGUUUCUCUGAGCAUUAGAGAACGGUUGUUUCCGCUCAGUUCCAACCCGCUAUGGGCGCUAAUAACAGCACGCGUCGGGUCUCGUUUGAGUCCGACGACAACGAGAACAUCACGGUAGUGAAGGGCAUACGGCUCUCGGAAAAUGUCAUCAACCGCAUGAGGGAUGGUGGGAGUUCCCCUCUGCCGCAGAUGAAACCACCAGCAGCCGUCACACCUCCUCCUCAUAGCACCACCUACGGCCCUCCUCCUCUCCUGCAUCCAAUCCCCCCCCCCUUCGACCCCGUCACCUCCAUGCCCGCCCCUCCACGCGUAGCGGCCGUGGCACCCCCUGCCAGUGAGGAGAAGCUCAAACCCUUACCUCCUACCCCCCCUCCCAUUGAACAGCCCCAGGUACUGCCCCUCCCCCCGGCUCCUGCCCCGGAGCCAGCGGCGCCCCCGCAGCCUCAGGAGACCACUGCAGCCCCGCCCUCCGUGGGCGCCCCCCCUGUGGAUGAAGAAGCUCUGAGGAAGAGGAUCCGCGAGGAGCUUCAUAACGGCCUGGAGCAGGAGAGGGCCAAGGCAGAGCAGGAGCUGCAGGCCUGGCUGGAGGCGGAGAAGGAUGCGGCGGCGGUGCUGGCCCAGGCCGACGCCCAGGCCCGCGUGCAGCAGGAGGUCUCCCGGGUCCUGACGGAGGAGCGCGGCCUGUCCCGGGACGGCCUGCACGCCGCAGUGCUGCGGGAGCGCGCCUCGGCCGAAGACGAGAAGCUCCGCGCCCAGCGCUACGCUAAGCAUCUGGAGGUGCGGGAGGCAGAGCUGAGGAAGCAGGAUCUGUUCUACCGGCAGCAGGUGGCCCGGCUCGAGGAGAGGAGUGCCCAGUUCUACAAGGUCACCACGGAGAACUACCACAAGGCCGCAGACCACGUCAACGGCAAAUUCAGGCGCUACGAGACCCACCCCGUGUGCGCAGAGCUCCAGGGUGAGAUCCUGAAGUGCUACCAGGAGAACGCCGGGAAGACCCUGCAGUGCUCCGGCAUCGCCGCGCGCUACCUGGAGUGUGUGGACGGUUCCAAGCAGAACAAGUCGAGGAACGGAGGGUAGAGCGGAGGAGAACGACCCGCCGGAAGGAACCGGCAAGAGAGAGGUUCUCCACGGAGGACCCGGCGCUAACGAUGACCUCCCCCCCUCCGAGUGACCCCCCCCCCCCCCCCCCGUGGAGCGGAGUGGGCCGCCUCAGAACCCAGACACACACCAGACCCCAGCAGACCACCGGACCUCACCGGAACCGGUCCGAGGCACGGGCACCAGCGGAGAGCGGGAAAUGAAGAACCGUUCUCCCCCUCACUCUCCCCCCGACUCCUCACCCUUCACCCCCCCCAGCCCUCCCACGUCUGUCUCCCUCACAGUCCGACCUCUGUUCUGAGGCGCUGGAGUUACGGACGACCGGGUCCACCGCUCUGGAGAACGCGUGGAGACGGAGGCAACCGGGCGGAGGAGAACCCUGAAUAAGGAACCGCGUCGUAGAACCGCGUCGUAGAACCGCGUCGUAGAACCGCGUCGUAGAACCGCGUCGUAGAACCGCGUCGUAGAACCUCACUGCCACCAGCUCCCCUCACAACCCCCCCAGGACGCCCCCCCGCCUGUGAGAAUGAACCGUUUACAAGUGCACGUAUAUUUGUAAUCCAAGCGUUCCGGUCUCUUCCCGACGCGAUCCUGUUGCUCCACAUGUUCUGUUUCCCGUUGCCAUGGUAGCCGCUCCCACAUGCCUCCGUGGUGUGGUGGUGUGUUUAUAUUAGGUUCCUGCUGAACCUCCCUGCCUGUUGUUCCUAUCUAAAGAUGUUUCUGUCAAUGUCUGCAGAAAGCAAAUAAAGAGAAAUG